AUUUUAUGUCGCCAGUCGUGGCCAUUCGUGCAUUUACACGCUUGUCACACCACGCGCGGACUUCUAUCUCGCUGCCGCAUCGCUCUGGCAAGUCGCUUUCAGCCUGCGAGCGCGUGUAACCCUCACUGUUCUAGAGCAUUCCUGCACGUGACCUGUGCGGGUUGCCGCGGCCUAUAUCGCUGCCGCGGGUUGCUCCCGAGUCGCCGCGCCGUCGUGCGAGCAACACUGCAUCUCUUACACGCCAUCGCGCGAGCAACACUACAACCAUGCGCCGCGCCAGCAGCGCCCGCGGCUCGGCCAAUUCGUUGGGGAGCGCCGCCAAGGCCGAGUCGUGGCCGACGGCCCACGGCGGCUACCCGAGCGACCGGAAGCGGAGCUUCGGCCAGCGCAUGAAGAAGUCGGCCAGCGACGGCGGCGCCCGCAUGCGCAAGGCCCUGACAUCUCCCUUCCUGCUGCUGAAGAAGACGUUCUCCGGCCGGUCGCAUAGGUCGGCGCGAAAGCGUGCACCCACGCCAACGCACGCGCCAGUGCAUAAAUCAAAUUGUCGCGGCGCGUCUCCGCCACUGCUAAAACACCAUCAACGCGACGCCAGCUCGAUGGCGUGGCGUUGUGGUCUAUACCGCUCGUGCACCCGACUCGCUGAUUGAUUUGCGCACAGGCGCGACCUCAGCGCGGACUUCGAGCGCGAGAGCGAGGGCGACGAGGCGCUCAAGCAGUGCCUGUCCACGAGCGUCGAGUUCGAACCGCCGUCGCCGCCGCCGCCACCGAGGAGCCUCUGGCAGCGGCUGAUCGACUGGGUCCUCCUGCUCCUCUGCCGGUUCGUGCCGGCGCUGUGCGACACGACGCCGGAAGUGCCUGUUAUUGAGCCGGAGCCCACUAUACCAGAGGAACAUACGCCUUCUCUGGCCGGGAUUCCCGCGGAGCAUGUCGCGGGCGUCCGCGAGUUACAAAAGCGCCUCGCGCCCUUCAUCAAGGAAGAGGGCGAGGCGGCCUUAUCCGAGCCGCUCAUGCUGCUGCGGUUCCUCCUUGCGCGGGAAUGCGACCCGCAGAAGGCCGCGGCGAUGUGGCGCGCGACGCACGCCUGGCGGCGGCUCCACGUGCCGCGCGCCCUCCAAGAACUCGGCUCCUUCUCGAAUCCGGACCACCGCCCACUGGACGGCGCGCCGUGCCGCGGCGAGUGGACCUGGCGGCGGUCGGCCGUGGCCGACGUGACGACGGUGCGUGGACGGAUCGCGCAGAACGCGGGCACGUCGUCGAUCCAUCGGGACGUCCUCGCGGACGACGGCGGCGUCACAACGGUGUCGCGGACGGGUAGGUUGGACAUGGCCGGCCUCGCAAGGGAGCACGCGCUGGACCCGGUCCUCAUGUUCCAGGCGUCGAUGCUCGAGGACGUCCUGCAGACGGUGCGGGCCGCGUCGCAGCGCGAGAAACGACUCGUGCGGGCCCACACGAUCUUCGACUUGGACGGGCUCUCGGUCAUCGCCACGCUACGGCACGUGCGCAAGUUCGGCCCGCCGGCGGCGGCCGUCGCGCAGCGGUACUUCCCCGAGGUCAACUCGUCCACCACAGUGAUCAACUCGCCGCGCGGCGUCGAGACGCUCUGGGGCAUCGUGUCCCUCUGGCUCGACCAGGCGAUGCGGGACAAGGUGUCCUUCCGCGGCCGCCAUUUCGCCAAGGCAUUGCGCGACCACGCGCGCCUCGACGCCGACGCGGUGUCAAGGUUGCCAAAGUUGCUCGGCGGCGAGGCGUCCAACGACCUGCUGAUGCCCUGCCCGCCGUUCUCGAAACACGAUCGCGCCGACCUCGCGGCGUGCGGCGAGCCCGUCUUCGUGCACGAGGUGCCGCUCGAAGCAACAUUUAUGUAAGUGACACUAACUGUAUUAUAAGUACCAACAACA